AUCAGUGUCUGUGCUAAUGUAGCCAUAAUCCAUGGAGGGGAUUUUAAUUGGAAAGGUACAUGUUACUUAAUAUUCUCACUUAGGUACUAAUAAAUACUUACUGCACUGUACUUCUUUAACAGUAGUAAUUCAAGUUUAACGCUUACUAUGUAGAGUUAAGCAUCUUGGUCUGAGAAAAAGAAUGAAUUACUUUUCCUAGAACCAUACACUGUCUGCUGGAUUCUUAGGUAGGUACCGGUUGCAUGUUCUGUACAAAGUUACAUGUUUAGAAUGGUAUUUUAUUCAUAGGAAUGGCUAUAUAGCAUUCAGAUUUAUAAUAUGGUGCACAUAUUACAAUUAUAUUCAAUCGAUUUGUUUAUACUGUAACAUAGUUACAAUGACAGAUACAACUGCCAUUGUACGUGUACUGCAAAUCUUUGAAGUUCAUUCGCUAAAAUACGAUACAGUCGCUACAAUCAUUGAACUACUAGCAACACUUUCUUCUUUCUACUUUUAUCCGCUUUGCUUCUACUCUUUUCUUUUACACAUGGACAUGGGGCUGGGCUUUGCAGGAGGUUCUACGUGGUCACCAGAGCUUAGCAGUUAUGAUCAACAUCUUACUGUGGAACUGGGGGACAGAUAUGAGAUACGCAGCAUUGCCACACGAGGUCGUGCUCAUACUAAUGAGUAUGUGACAGAGUACAUUGUCCAAUACUCUGAUGAUGGGCAAGCCUGGGCCAGUUAUGAAAGUCAGGAUGGUGUAGAUGAGAUGUUCAAGGGAAAUGUGGAUGGGGACACAAUAAAACUUAAUAAAUUUGAGGUACCGAUUAUAGCGCAAUGGAUUAGAAUAAAUCCAACCCGAUGGAGGGACAGAAUAUCACUGAGAUUGGAAUUGUACGGAUGUAACUAUGUGUCCGAUGUCCUUUCCUUCAACGGUUCGUCCUUAUUGCGAUAUGAUUUAUUAAGGGAACCAAUAGAAACUGACAGACAUUUUAUACGUUUCCGAUUCAAAACGAAUAAUGCCGACGGUGUUUUAAUGUACUCCCGUGGGACACAAGGAGAUUAUAUAGCUUUACAAUUAAAAGACAAUAGAAUGAUAUUAAAUAUUGAUCUUGGAUCUGGUAUUAUGACAAGUUUAUCUGUUGGCAGUCUAUUGGAUGACAAUAUGUGGCAUGAUGUUUUGAUAUCGCGUAAUAGAAAAAAUAUAUCAUUCUCUGUAGAUAGAGUAUUAAUUAAGGGAAGGGUGAAAGGAGAGUUUUAUAGGCUAGAUUUAAAUAGGGCGCUUUACAUUGGUGGCGUUCCGAACAAGCAAGAAGGAUUAGUGGUCAAUCAGAAUUUUACAGGGUGUAUAGAAAACUUUUACCUGAAUGCCACAAGUAUUAUUCAUGACUUGAGGGAAACAGAAAUCACUGGAGAAAAUUUAAGAUAUUACAGAGUAAAUACACUGUAUAGCUGUCCAGAACCGCCCAUAAUUCCUGUUACAUUUUUAACUCAGGGAUCAUACGCUAGACUCAAAGGAUACGAGGGGAUAUCUUCCUUGAAUGUUUCUAUAACAUUUCGAACAUACGAAGACAAGGGAAUAAUUUUGUAUCAUCAGUUUACAUCGCCAGGUUUUGUAAAGCUGUACUUGGAAGAUGGGAAAUUGAAGGUUGAUAUACAAACGAAAGAAAGUCCGCAAGUAGUUUUAGAUAAUUUCCGUGAAACGUUCAACGAUGGUAAAUGGCAUCAAGUGAUCUUGACAAUAUCCAAGAAUAGUCUGAUUUUAAAUGUCGAUGGGACCCCGAUGAGAACCAAACGUAUAUUAGAGAUGAUAACAGGACCGGUGUACUUGAUAGGCGGUGUAACUGGAAUAGAAAGUAACCGCGGUUUUGUUGGUUGCAUGAGAAUGAUAAGCAUCGAUGGGAAUUAUAAGCUGCCAACCGAUUGGAAGGAGGAGGAAUACUGUUGCAAAAACGAAGUUGUUUUCGAUGCGUGUCAAAUGAUGGAUCGUUGUAAUCCAAAUCCGUGUAAACAUUCUGGUGUUUGUCGUCAAAAUUCUGAUGAAUUCUUCUGUGAUUGUGCCAAUACAGGUUAUACGGGAGCGGUGUGUCAUACCUCAUUAAAUCCGCUAUCUUGCGAAGCGUACAAAAACAUCAAUUCGGUGAAUCAACGAGCAGACAUUAAAAUAGACGUAGAUGGAAGCGGUCCUCUGAAACCGUUCCCUGUGGUCUGUGAAUUCUACACGGAUGGACGCGUGAGAACUAUCGUAAGGCACAACAGUGAACGAAUGACGCCUGUGGAUGGAUACCAAGAACCAGGCAGUUUCGUGCAAGACAUUAUUUACGACGCAGAUAUGGAUCAAAUCGGAGCACUCCUGAAUCGGUCCACGAGUUGUAGACAAAGAAUCAGUUACGAAUGUAUACGUUCGAAGUUGUUCAAUUCACCAGUGUCGCAAGGGGAUUAUUUCCGACCAAACUCAUGGUGGGUCAGCAGAAACAACCAAAAGAUGGACUAUUGGGGUGGAGCUCUACCAGGAUCGCGGAAAUGCGAAUGCGGUAUCCUUGGGAAUUGCGCGGACCCGACGAAAUGGUGCAACUGCGACUCCGAUUUAGACGGCCCUCUCGAAGAUAGCGGUGACAUUACCGAGAAAGAGUACCUUCCUGUUAAACAGUUACGAUUCGGUGACACCGGAACACCCGUGGAUGAAAAAGAAGGACGUUACACGCUUGGUCCGCUUAUCUGCGAAGGUGACGAUUUGUUCAAGAACGUAGUAACGUUCCGUGUCGUCGACGCUACGAUCAAUCUGCCAACGUUCGAUAUCGGCCACAGCGGUGAUAUCUUUUUCGAGUUCAAAACAACGAUCGACGAUGCAGUUAUAAUUCACAGCAAGGGGCCUACGGAUUACAUAAAAAUCUCCAUAAACAGUGGAAAUCAGAUUCAAUUCCAGUAUUUGGCAGGUAGCGGUCCGCUUACCGUCAGCGUCCAGACCUCUUACAGAUUAGCCGAUAAUCGGUGGCAUUCCGUGUCGGUGGAAAGGAAUCGGAAAGAAGCCAGAAUCGUAGUUGACGGAGCAUUAAAGAAUGAAGUGAGAGAACCUCCGGGACCGGUACGGGCACUUCAUCUGACGUCGGAUCUCGUAGUCGGGGCUACAACGGAUUACAGGGACGGCUACGUGGGGUGUAUCAGAGCGCUUCUGUUGAACGGUCAGCUGCAAGAUCUCAGAAGUUUCGCUCGACAAGGCCUGUACGGUGUUUCCGAAGGUUGCAUGGGUAAAUGUGAAAGUAAUCCGUGCCUGAACAAUGGUACGUGCCAUGAAAGAUACGAUGGAUACUCCUGUGAUUGUCGUUGGACCGCAUUCAAGGGUCCUAUUUGCGCAGACGAAAUCGGCGUGAACAUGCGGCCCAGUUCAAUGAUAAAGUACGACUUUAUGGGCAGCUGGCGCUCGACGAUUUCCGAGAAGAUCAGGGUUGGUUUCACCACGACGAAUCCCAGAGGUUUCUUACUCGGUCUGUUCUCAAACAUCUCGGGAGAGUACAUGACGAUCAUGGUUUCGAACAGCGGACACUUGCGCGUGGUUUUCGAUUUCGGGUUUGAACGACAAGAGGUUAUAUUCCCCAACAAGUAUUUCGGCCUAGGACAGUACCACGACGUCAGAGUGGGUAGAAAGAAUUCAGGAUCUACUCUUGUCCUGCAAGUGGACAACUACGAACCGAAAGAAUUUCAUUUCAAUAUCAAAACGUCCGCGGAUGCUCAAUUUAAUAAUAUUCAAUACAUGUACAUUGGAAGAAACGAGAGCAUGACAGAGGGAUUCGCGGGAUGCAUAUCCAGGGUUGAAUUCGAUGACAUAUACCCCCUGAAGUUACUGUUCCAAGAGGAUGGACCCGCGAACAUCCGUACUUUCGGCACACCUCUUACAGAGGACUUCUGCGGCGUCGAGCCGAUCACGCAUCCGCCGGACAUCGUCGAAACGCGGCCACCUCCGCAGGUGGACGAAGAAAAAGUUCGAGCUGCGUACAACGAAACUGACACGGCUAUUUUGGGCAGCGUGUUAGCUAUUAUUAUCAUAGCCUUAGUAAUAAUGGCAGUACUUAUAGGGAGAUACAUGUCGAGACAUAAAGGUGAAUAUUUGACGCAAGAGGAUAAAGGUGCUGAAAUAGCAUUAGACCCAGACUCAGCUGUCGUCCAUUCGACCACAGGCCAUCAAGUUCAAAAGAAAAAGGAAUGGUUCAUUUAAAUCUAAAAAUAUAAAAUUCUACUAUUACCGUAUGGAUUUUAGGAUAUAUUGAGAUAGGUAAAGAUAUGCUUACAAUAAGUGCACUUUGAAGUGUCAUAUGGAGAAUUUCGCAGACUAAUACGGAGCCAUGUACGUUUCCACUGUUCCAUCUGAAUAAUAUGUGAGUAUAAGAGAGAAAAUGCCCCGUAGAGGAAAUCUACACAGAGACUGGGAAGCGUAACCGAUACACGUCGAAUAUAAGGGAAAUUACAUUCAAAUGUCUUAUAAAGAAAGAAAGCAAAUUGGUACAAAGCUAAUAAAGUUUGUUCGAAAGAUGAACCAUUGAAUAUUUGAAACACUAAUUUGUAUUUACUUGAUAUUUGGCUGAUUAUUACAUUUGAAAUUUAAUAUUAAGAAAUAGGUAUAUGAAAAUAUUACAUAGUAGAACGAAAAGAUAUAAUUUCUUUUGAUAUUUUAUUUUUUUACGAUAGAAACUUCUCAUUACACGAUUGUAUUAUUUUUGGUAACUAAGUUUACUUCAUUACUCGUAGGUUAAAGUAACGCAUCGCUAGUAGUAAAUAACGGAACGCUAAGUAGUACGAUUCAUUUGUAAUUUCAAAUUAUUGUUACCUUAGACUGUGAGGUGCGUAAGUAUUUAUUAUUGUAUGUACUUUUGUAAUUUCCAUUGAACAUCGGGGCCGAUGUAUGUUAGAUAUUCAUGAACUUUACGUUUAUCCCCGUACGAAGAGAGAUUAGUUAUUUCUUUUUUACCUUAGCGUGUCAAGUACCUUUAUUAUAAUUACUAUUCAUUGUCAAAUUAUUAGUAACUAAUCAAUCUGAUAACAUAUUUUCGUGAAAUACGAGUGUCUAUUUUUCAUGUUCAAACUUUCAAUAGAUUUUUUCAGCGAAAUAAAAAUUUGUACAUAUAGAAGUCAAUAAUAUUAUCAAUAGUUUUUCGUUACAUGUAAAAUAUUUAGCUUUUCUUUUUACGAAAAAUGUUUUCAGUAUUAUUUGUAAUGCUUACCGUCCAAAGUGCAUUUUAAUUAUUUUUCUUUUUUUAUAUUUAUUUGUUUGUUUUAUUAUACACGUUACAGAUAUUUUAUUUUCUUUGAUUUGUAAUGAUCCGAGUUCGCUACUGUAAUUUAACUUUAAUCUAACAUGACCAAUUGUUUAUUGUGCGUGUAACAAUAAGAAUGUAUGUAUAUAUUAUAUACACACACGUAUAUGCAUAUAUAUCAUUUUUAUACGAAGAAGUUUUAUUGUAAUAAGCUAGUGUAUACUUUAUAUACUGUACUCGGCAGAACGCAUGUGCUGCUCAAUAAAGAAAAAAAUCGAUACGAUUAUAUCAUAAUAAUAACAACUUAAAUUACUAUAAAUGCAUCGAAAGAUACAUUAAUCUUAUAUUUUAUUAUAAAUUAGAAAAAUGCUAAAAACGACAGAAAAGCAUGGUUUUCAAAAACAUAAAAGUAACAUAUAUUUCGACUUAAAAUGUAAAAACUUUUAGAUCUAAUCGCGAGAUAUUGUUUAAAAUGUACUAACCGAUACAAUGAAAAAUGCGUAUGUAUAUAGAAUAACAAUUUUUUUACUGAAACUAUAAAGUGUAUGUAUAUUUGAAAAUAUUAUAAAGAACAUACAGUAAUUACAAGACAAACACGUAAUUCGUAUUCAAUGAAUAAAAUUCAACAUAUAAAUAACGGUGUCCCGUUACAAACAGAAACAAAAUAAUCAUCAUUGAAAUACAAUUGUUGCACAUGUAUUCGUCGAACCAUUCGUCACUACUUUUUAUUUCUAUAAAAGUAGAACUCGCUACAUGUCUAAUAAAAAUUCGAGACAUUUGAAUAUUUAAAUAGACCGGUAUAAAACUGUGCCGUGGAAGUUCUCAUUGUUACCUGAUCUGCUUUGCUUCUAUCUUUCAGUAUACUUGUACACAGUAUACUAAUACAGUAAAAAUUCGUAGUAUAUUGUAGUUUUGAUACCGUACACCAAUAUGUUUCCUACGCUUUUUUCUAACAAACUUUAAUUAAUCUGAUAUAUAUGUACGUAGGAAUAGUAUUUUGUCAUUAAAAAUAUUUUUCCUGCCAACUUAGAUUAAGAGACUUAAUCAUUAGUACUGGAUGUAGUACUACCACUCCUACUAGCAUCGCUGAUUAGAUGUUGUUGUAUUGUUGUUGGAUCGAUCAUAUAUUCAUUGUCUAUUAAAAGCGUAAAAUACUACUUAAAUUCUAACAAUUAUAAUGCAGUACACUCCGACUAUAUUGACUCAUUACCUGACUCGGUAUCGCUAAUUUGAUUUGGUGAAAGUCUGCAACCUCUGGCUAAGUAGUGCUUUAAUUUACCGAUGCUUGCUAAAAUUAAUCCUAAGAAUGGAGGUGAAGGCUUUAAAGGCCUAGACAAGUAUUCUGGAUGAAACUGUGUGGCCACGUAAUAAGUGUGCCCUUCCAACUCUGCUAUUUCCAUACGUUCAUUGUUUACAUCGUGUCCUGAUAAUAAGAUAUUAGUAUAUUAUUUCAAAAUAAACUUCCAAACGAGUCCAUAAAUACUUGGGAAUUAAUGUUACAUUAUUUACCUACGAAAUGUAGUCCAGCUUCUUCCAGGCUCUUGAUACACGCUGGAUUAAUUUCAUACCUAUGCCUGUGCCUCUCCUCUAUAUAAUCUUUAUUCCCAUACAGUUGCUCUAAAUUAAUGAUAGUAAUGAU